GUUGACUUUCGAGGAAGCACCGCCUGCCGCUUCGGAUGCUCUUUCUCUCCUUUGCCAACUCUCCAUUGAGGCAAUAAAGAGUCAACAACGAGCAUCGCUCCUCGUAGCUUUCUCUCCUUGGGAAAAGCCAUUUUGUCUCUCGGACGGGCAGCCCUUCCUCCCGACCCUGAGUUACCCCUUUACUUUGAGAUGGAUCUUUCGCGGGUUUGGCACCUGGUUGCUGUGUUUUGCUUGACCUACGUGCUGAUCAAAAUCAUCCGGCUGCAUCGCCGAAGACAGGCGCUGCUGAAAGCUUUGGAUAGUUUUGCGGGUCCCCCUUCCCAUUGGUUUUACGGUCAUCUCCUUGAGCUUUCACCUAUUUCUGCAGUUUACAGAAAAGUAGAGAAAUUCAGUUGUCUGUAUCCAUUUGCCUUUCCUCUGUGGUUUGGCAGGUUCAUUGCAUGUUUGAACAUCACGCAUCCUGAUUAUGCAAAACCAAUACUUGCUCGAACGGAACCAAAAGAUAAUUUUAGUUAUCGGAACAUAGUCCCAUGGAUCGGAAAAGGUUUAUUAGUUCUGCAUGGACCCAAAUGGGCACAACAUCGAAAAUUGCUAACUCCAGGUUUCCACUUUAGUGUACUAAAGCCAUAUGUUCCCCUGAUUGCAGACUCUACAAAAGUGAUGUUGGAUAAAUGGGAAAAACUGAUCGUGGAGGAGAAAUCAGUGGAACUCUUUGAACAUGUGAGCUUGAUGACACUUGAUAGCCUCAUGAAAUGUGCCUUUGGUUAUAACAGCAACUGUCAAAUGUACAAGGAAAACUCUUAUGUUCAAGCUGUCUUUGAGCUUUGCUUCUUGAUAUAUGCCAGGAUGCACCAUAUUGUAGGUCUCAGUGAUCUUUUAUAUUGGUUCAGUUCUCAUGGAUUUCGGUUUCGGAAAGCCUGCCAAGUUGCUCACCUUCAUACAGAGAAAGUAAUCAAGGAAAGAAAGGAAUCUUUGAAGGCUGAGGAAGAACUUCAAAAGAUCCAGGCAAAGAGGCACUUGGAUUUUCUUGACAUUCUUCUCUGUGCCAAAUAUGAAGAUGGAACUGGACUAUCUGAUGAAGACCUCCGUGCUGAAGUGGACACUUUCAUGUUUGCAGGCCAUGAUACAACAGCCACUGGCAUCUCUUGGCUACUGUAUAUAAUGGCUAAGCACCCAGAACAUCAGCAGAAAUGCAGAGAAGAAGUCAAGGAAAUCUUGGGGGAUCGGGAAGACAUCCAGUGGGAUGAUCUUGGUAAGAUGACCUAUACCACAAUGUGCAUAAAAGAGAGUCUCCGUGUAUACCCUCCAGUUCCAGUGGUGUCCCGAAAGCUCAGCAAACCUAUUACUUUCUUUGAUGGACGCACUUUGCCUGAAGAUAUUAUAGUUGCAGUUGACAUUUAUUCUCUUCAUAAAAACUCCAGCAUUUGGCCAGAUCCUUUGGAGUUUGAUCCUAUGAGGUUUUCAUCAGAGAACACCUCUAAAAGACAUUCUCAUGCCUUUAUUCCUUUUGCAGCUGGAUCAAGGUGA